AUGCUUCAUCGACUCCUACGGCCGCAGUCUUCGCUGCGUGCGGUCUCCGCUCUCUCCCAGAAACCCGUCUCCGCCCUCCCACGUUUCCAGAGUCGAGCACUGCACAAUGUUCCCCAGCUAACACACAAUGGGUACUUUAAAGAGCACGGUGUACCGGAACUUCUAUCUCCAGAGGCAUUCGACUUUUCGUGGACGCAAUACCAGAGGCUCCUCAUCGACAAAUUGAACUUGUUGACACAGGGUAUGGCAUACGCGGACGGAAGAAUUCUAACUCAAUGGAUAAUAACAGACACUGUGGAUGCCGAUGCGAAGCCCGGAGAAUUGCUGGUCAAAUACUCCCGUCGCCCGGAAAUGGCCUCGGUGUUCAACCAUGCGUCUAUGGCCCACAACAACCAUUUCUUCUUCAACUGCCUGUCCCCUACUGCCACGGAGAUCCCUGAAAACUUCGCCAAGGACAUCGUCGAUACCUGCUCCUCGAUUGAAUCCCUGAAGCUCGAUUUCCUCGCCACCGCCAACGCAAUGUUCGGCCCCGGAUUCGUCUGGCUGGGCAAGAACCUGGAGCGCGAAGGCUUGAUGCACAUUUUCUGCACGUACAAUGCCGGCUCACCAUACCCUGCGGCCCACUCUCGACGACAACCCGUCGACAUGGCCACCCACACCCCCGAGACUGCCCUGGGCAACCAAUAUGCGGGAGCGAUGGGUGCUCACUCCGCCAACCAGAAGAGCCUUGCCCCCGGUGCUGUGGAUGUUCAGCCUAUUCUCUGUGUCAACACCUGGGAGCAUGUAUGGAUGAUGGACUACGGGAUCGGCGGAAAGGCCGAGUAUCUGGAGCGGUGGUGGAACCGGAUCAACUGGGAGGUGGUUUAUGACAACUACAAUGCCGUCAGCUCGGUACGAGGAGCCCGCGGUGCAGCCAACCGCGGCCGCAGCCUGAGCAUGCUAUAA